AACUUUCCAAUAGUUAAGGAAUAACAGUUGGCAGCACUAACGCUUUGGCGACGUUGAAGAGAGAGAAGAAUGCACCGUGUUUUCAAUGGCGGAAUGGCGGACGCUGCGGUAGAGCGAGAUAGGCGUAUGUGGAAACUCUUCUGCACCUUGUUUAUUGAAGCUAUUGGUGGAAAUUUUCUACAGCAUGCUGUGAAUUCUGCUUACAUCUGAGAACAGUCAAGACUAGUAAACCAGGAGUUUAUUGGAGGUUUCAUAUAUAAAUAUAUCUACUCCCUUCUGGUAGCAGGCAUUUGCCUGCAAAACAAACCCCAAGAUGUUUGAUCCAAGUAUGCAGCAGCAGCAGCAACAGCAGCAACAGCAACAGCAGCAGCAACAACAACAAGCUAGUGGUGCACCACAAAUGUAUCAAGCUGAUAAAGCUAAGGAAGAAAACAAGGGAAAUGCUGUUGAUUUUCCAUUCUGUUACAAUGUUAACAUGAUCCAGAAAGGUCAAGGCGAUGAUAAAACUUGCUACCGAUUUGAUGUAGCACAGCCAUUUGGCUACAACUAUGCCCUUGUCAAUCAAAUGUCAUUAGCAGCAGCUGCUUCAACUGCCACCUUUAAAUGUGAUGUUUGUGGACUGGUGUUUGGCCAUCUCACGUUACUCAAUCACCACAAGCGCAUUCAUACUGCAAAUGCAAAUGCAACUCCAGCUGCUGCAGCUGCACCUGGGAAUGUCCAAGCUCAAGCCCAAGUUGUUGCUCAAACAAACGCAACUCCUGACAGACAACAUACUUGUGAUAUUUGUGGAGCAGUGUUUAGUAUGCCGGGCGAACUUAAAGCCCAUAAAUCUCAAAUGCAUAAAGCUCCCUCAACCCCUAAAUGCUGUACUUCAUGUGGUGUUGAAAUUCCUUGUGAUCAACAUGGUGGAGGCAAGAAAAAGGGGAAAUUUGUGAAGUGUGGUAAUUGUCAGGAAGCGGGUCACUCCAAUUUUGCUGGCAAUGGAACAAGCGAACCCAGUGGUGGAGAUGGCGCAGAGACUACAGUCAAACCUGGACAUCACCCUGUGAAACGCAGAGGGAUGGCCACUGUUACUAAGUGCCAGAAGUGUAAUGGCUCUGGCAUAAUAUUUGUUGGUGGGACGAGGAGCCAAGCGGUGGACAAACCAUUCCACUGUAACGUGUGUGACGGCACCUUCAGUCGCUACUCAUCUCUGUGGAGCCACAAACGCUUACAUUCUGGUGACAAGCCAUUUAAAUGUGAAAUCUGUGGCCUGGCCUUCGCCAAAGCCGCCUACCUCAAGAAUCAUGGGAGGGUUCAUACAGGGGAGAAGCCAUACAAAUGUGGUGUAUGUGGCAUGCAGUUCUCUCAAAGCCCUCAUCUUAAAAAUCAUGAGAGGAUCCACAGCGGAGAACGCCCAUAUCAGUGUGAGGUUUGUGACAAGGUCUUUGCCCGUCACUCUACCUUGUGGAAUCAUCGUCGUAUUCACACAGGAGAAAAGCCCUAUCGUUGUGAAGUUUGUGGUUCUUCAUUCAAUCAAGCAACUCAUCUCAAAAACCAUAACAAGGUACACACAGGCGAGAAGCCACAUCGUUGUGAUAUCUGUGACGUUGCCUUCUCGGACCGCUUUGCUCUGAAGAGGCACAGAGCCAUUCAUGAAAAAUACGGCCGCACUGCACCCAACAGUUCUAGUAACACAACCAAUGCUUCAAAUGGUGCACAACCUAACCCUGCGGAGCAACCUCCACAACCCGAACAACAAGUUAUGGAACAAUUAUACAAAUGUGAAGUUCAGGUCUAGAAGUUAUAUUAAGUUAUUGUUUGAUGCUUAGCAAACAAACAAAAUUUCCACUGUUAGCCAUAGUUAUGGUACGCCAUACUUCUGCAAACUGGAACUUAAAGCGUUUGCCCUCUGUACACUGCCAAAGGUGUGCUUGAAAUACUGAAAGACAUUAUUAUUCAUUUGUAGAUAUGGGUGCUAACUGUGCAAGAAUCGUUAAUCUGGUUUGCAGCUUACAUUAUACAUUCUAUGCUACUGUCACAGUGGACUGUGAUAUCAUAAUUAUAAUGUGAUUAGUAUGUAACCAUGGGACUUAAUUGGUGGCAUUGGGGCAAGAGAGCACUGUCUGCUGUUCCUUGGAAUUUCAAUUUGAAUGAAUUAUUGUACUGCAUCUUAAGAUUGUAGAAAUAAUUCUUCUACGUAAUUGUGUUGACAGAAAACUUUAAAUGGUGGCAAAUGUUGAAUAUUUGUUUAGAAGAUAGUAAUAUAUAAGUAAUUUAGCUGCAACUUUGGGGCAUUGUUGACCACUUAUUCUGAACUGUGAAUUCCAAGGUUUGUGAAGUCUCUCCCUUAAUUGUGGUUUAUCUCUCGCAGAAAUUUGUUGGGAGUAAUAAUUUCAUCAGAUCUUGCCUUUGAUAGUAUUGCAAUGUCUUAUCACAUGUUAUAAGUGCUACUUCAGGUUUUUAUUGUCUUAUUAUUUAUUCACCUCGCUAUGCUUAAGUUUUUAUCAAAGGUUCAGUGAAUUAUGUUUGUCCUGUGUGCAUUUGCACUAAAUAAUUUAUUUUACUCAUUCCUACAUUGGUUAGUUUGAGACCAUCAUUAUUUUCAUAGUGUACAGAGGCAUUAUUCCUAUAAUUUUGGUGCAAUCCAAAUGCAGUUUUGUUUCUGAGCUGUCAACUACUGUCAAAUGUAUUGAAUACUUUCAAAGACUUAACUUGUCUGCAUUAUUAAAAUUUUAUCUUGAACAAUCACAUGUAUUUCUAUAAAUGUUUGUUAGUGAGGUUUUUCCAUAGUCCCUUCUCUUAGGGUUGAAUGGGAUUCAUUCUAGAUUCUUAUUUUAUUUUCCCUUUAGGCAACUGUUGGUACUAGUGAAACCUCGUUUGUACAAAUUCAUCGAUUCGAUCGUUAGUUUAUAAGCGGGACUACGCUCUGACGAAUGACAAAUUAAACUUUCAGUAAAAUUUCACUUUGCUCUGUAACGGAAAACGUCGGUUAACGUUACUACGGGGUGUUACGCACUAACGAGGUUUUACUAUCAGCUUGUUUUGAUUCAUUUUUUAAAAUAAUUACCAUGCGCCAUAGUUCUUUGGUUUUGGUUCAGUGGUUCAUACAAUCAGGUUGUCACCUAAUUCUAUGACUAUUCUACAAAAUGUUUUUUCUAUUCGAUGACUCAAACAAGUAUUCUCCUGCAAUCCUGUCAGGUACUUAUCUAAAUUAUUAGAACAAUUUUUUAUGGAAUAUCAUUAAAGUUUAUAACAUUUGUGAAACGGUUUCUUAGAAAAUACAAUAACUUGUCUAUCAAUAAUGUUUACAUUUUUAAUUCAUUUUGCCUUCACUCUUCAUGGAGUGUGGUGUUGCAAUAAUAGAAUUACUGGAGGAUUAUAGGCUUCUCAACUUAGUCUUCCUUAUUGUGUGUGUUUUGCUAGGGUUCUGUGUAAGUUUUCAUCAUAACUUACCAUUGAUUGCUGUUUUGCACGUUUGCUAAGCCAUUGUUGAUGGCUAGUCCAAUUAUUCGUUUUAAAGUAAUUAUCUGUCUUAUCAAUAAAGGCAGUUGACUGUCUUUGAUAGGUAAGACACCUUGAAUUGGAUAUCAUAUCUUUGUCUUAUUUUUUCUCAGAGAACACACUGCUUUAUUUCUUUGUAAUAAUUUUAAUCUACUCAUGAGCUUGGUGUGCAGAGGGCAAUUGAUAAGUGGUUUGCAAUGUGUGUGCUUUCAAAUUUGUGGCAUAUGUAUUUAUUCAAUUGUAUAAACAAUACUGUGCAAUAUUAACAAUUGUUGGUAAUUGUCCCAUUUGGACGGUGUAAAGAGAAAGAACAGUUUAUAUUGUACAAAGCAUCACUGAGAUCUCUAAAUAAUGCUGUUUUAACAGAAGGCAUCUAUAUGUAAGCAGGUUUUUAAAAAGUAAGAUUAAAGAAAUGAUUUUAUGUUAAUGCUAUGUGUAUUUGAAUUUAGUGAUGGACACUUGUAGGCUGGUUGUACUACUAAUAUUGUAUCAAUGACAGCUGUCAGCUCCUUCCUGUAUAUUGUCCUACCUUACGAAAACUGAAUUUCAAGAAUAAAGAAAUGAAUUUGUUA